ACUGGGGAGGAGCAGAGACCAACAACCCCCCACGGCCGAUGGCCAAGCCCGUCCCCAGCGCCCGGCCGCCUUCGCCACCGGCCGGAGAGCCGGGGCGGGCAGAGGCCGAUGCCAGCGGGCAGGAGGAGGCCUCCCCGGGCGACGGGCCGGAAAACGAGUCCGUGCUCUGGCAGUCCAUGGAGUUGAGCGGGGAACCCGGCAAGGACGAGACCCUCCCGCCCCUCGGACCGGGCCAGGCCGAAGAGGACUCCCGUCACCCGGACGGCGACCUCCAACCCCCUCUGGACGCCCGGACCCUGCGGCUUCUCCUUCGGCAGAAAGAUCUGGAGCUUCGGGCUUUGCGCCAGGCGGCCCGGAGGAGGCCGGAGGCCCAACUGUCGGGCAUCUUGCGGGCCCUGGUCAACCAGCACGGCCAAGAAGGGGUCCAGCGGAGGUUAAUCGAGGCUCUUCAGAAGCAGGUGGAAGAACUCAAGGCACGGCUGGAGGCGCAGAGGAUGCAACAUGGCAAGGAGAAGGAGCAUCUGAAGGAGCUUCUGGCCUGCUCGGAGCGACUGGUGCAGAGGCUGGAAGAGGAGCUACAGCAGCUGGAGGUGACCUGCCUCCUGCACCUGGCCCGCGACCUGUCCGGAGGAUGGCAGACCCGCUCCUCCUGGGUCGGCCGGACCCUGCGCUCCCAGACGGGCAGCGUCGAGAUCCUGACGGCCGAGGCCCUGGCUGAGCAAGACAGCAACAUCUCCCUGCGCCGCAUCAGCAAACAGCGGGACUUCUCGGCCUUCAGAGAGGAGGGACUCAACCCCGAUGACCUGAACAGGUUGCUGGCCCUGUAUUACCCUCACACGUACAGAAACGAAGCGUCCAGCUCGGAGUCCAGCCGAGAGCCGAGCAAGCUGAGCAGGAAGAAGGCCCGCGACAGGACCAGGAGCGUGGAAUGGCGAAUCCAGCCGCAGCGCGAGUCCAGCUCCUCCAGCAUGGACGCCAACUGUUUGGACGUCCCCGAGCCCCACUCCUGGAGCGGCAAGACCCCUCUCUACACCCCCCGCGGCAGCAGUGGGCUGGACGCCCAGCCCAAAGCUGAAGAAGACCCCCACGUAGGCCAGCCAGCCGGAGCCCGGGCGGACGAUGCCACCCAAGGAGCGGGCAGCCAGGACAACCUGUACCUGACCAGGAAGAAGAAGCAGCAGCAGCAGCAGCAGCAGGGGCGGCAGGGGCAGCAGCAGGGGCCGGCCGCCCCCGCCUGCCUCAAGAUCCAGAAGGUGGACGAGAGGGGCAAGUUCAUCCGGCUGCAGAACACGUCGGCGGAAAAGAGCGUCGACCUGGGCGGCCACACGCUCCAGCAGCGUCUGCACGGCUACCCCGUGGCCGUCUACCGCUUCCCUCCGCACACCCUGCUGCCCCCGGCCCACCACAUCACUGUGUGGGGGUCGGAAAGCAAGGCCCACCCCCACAAACGCUCGACGGACGUCACGACCUCGGGCCAGCAGACGUUUCGCAGCGGCCCGGGCUACACCUCCACCCUCGUGUCGCCCUGCGGAGAGGUCCUGAGCUGGUAUCAGCCUCCCCACCGGCAGACGGAGGCCGCCCGGGCCUUCAGCGACAACGUGGACCUUUCCGUCGACCGCUUCCCCUUAUCCCGGGAAUCCUGGGAGUCCUGGGCGUCCCAGGGGUCCCGGGAGUCGGGGAGCGUCAGCCUGGUCCGGGCGGCGGGCGCCGUCAGGAGGAGCAGGCCCAGGACCCAGGCCCAGGAAGGCCAGGCCGGAGCCCGUCCCGCCGGCUCCGCCACCUGCGGGCACAAGGUCCAGAAGCGCUUCUCCCCGCUCAGCCUGCCCACCCAAAGGAGCCCGCGCUGCUCCUUCUGCGAGAACAAGAAGCGGCACAGCCUCGGCUCCGACGCCGCCGUCACCUCCGACGACCUGCUCAGCUCCAUGGGGCUCCCGGUCAUCCCAGAGACCCUGUCCAGUCAGCCCUCCCUGCAGAGUGAUGAUCACCUCGGGCCGGGGGGCUCCGACCUGAAGCUGCCCCCUGUGGGCUACGGGAAGCGGCUGGACCUGUCGGGCCCGUUGGUGGCCCUCACCACCCAGAAGACGGCCCAGAGCAAGUACGGCUUCAAGGCGCUCACCUACCUGCCCAUCACCAACGAGCUCCGGGCCAGAGUGUGAUGGCCGGCCCGGGCCCCCGACGCGCCGGGCCCUCGCGUGCCAACUGUCCAACAGAAGCCAUGGGUGGCACCGCCCGCCGCACCGCACUGCCAGUUGUGUUGUUGUCCGGUUGCGGGGCCGGAGGGGAAGGGGGCGGCUCGCCAAUCCCCGCUCCCGGGAAGCGGAAGGCCCUGGCUUCCACCCCACGUGUCCGCGGC